AUGGACCCGGCCAGCGCUCUCGGCGUCGCGGCCGCUUCCGUCCAGCUUAGCGGCGUCGCGGCCAUCGCAGUCCUCCGCGGUAUAGGCAUCUUGAAAACUUUCAAGGAGACGCCGGCCAACCUCGCGGAACUGCUAAUCGACGUUGAAAGAUCCAUCCUCUCUACCUUGAACCUCCGCAAUCAGUUGAUGAACCCCGCAUCUAACCUCCGUCAGCGCCUCCCGUCGGGCCAGCACCAAGCCCUGCACGAUGCACUUGACGAGACUUACGAAGCGACCCUCGGAUUGCAAGAGAUAAUAGAGCCUUUGCUAGCCGACUCGUCGAUUACCAGUCUUCAUCUGCAAGCCGACCUUGUCGGCCUCUCGCAAACCACGUCGCAAGCCUUUCUUAGCCUCCAGUCUGAGCUGGCCCUCCGAACAGCUAACCCCAGCGCUUCCAACGACAGUGUUAACAAGGUUGAUGAGUCUCCUUCGACCAUCGACGAGCUAGGCAGUCUGAGCUCCGGCCUUGAUGGUACACCCGACACACCUCCCAACGCGCCGACCGAUCUCGGUCCAGUUCGCCACAAGUCCAUGGCACACGCUAAAUCUCGAACUAACAGCCGUACGAGCUCGCAGGUCCAGUCCCAAUUGACAUUCAGAGAGAUGGUAACAUUACGGGACGGCGUGCUACCGGUCAUAACAGGUAGAGAGCCCAGCAUGUCUGGCGCGGCCCAAAAUAUAGCGGAGCGUCUUUCAGAUACCGACAAAAGAGACAUGGUCGUCUUUCUGAUAGAUGAGCUCAUACGAACUCCGAGAACCCUACACGAAAUAUGUGACGAGAUUAUUCCGCGACAUGAGUCACUCGUCGCCGCAGAUGAAAGCGGCCAAACAUUACUUGUCGAAAUUCUUGUCCUUAUUGGCCUGUUUGCUCCGAUUUACGGUCACUUGGUGGAGGAGUUUGACGCCCUCCUAUUAAUCGCCCAGGAAUCCGGGCUUGAAACCGAUUCACCCUCGCACGCCGGAAACCGGCGGUAUAUUUGCAAUUCAAUCCGGGAAACGCUAGUUGGGUAUUCGCCGAUAGGGAACAUCAUCGGGUGGACUGUAACCAAUAUGGCACACGAUUAUGUGCGAUUCUUCAGCCGCCAGCUCCAGAAUUACUCCUUUUUCGCUCGGGUUUUAACUUUCUGUCCACCAGAAGGACAACCAGAGGCGACACCCUUCUCGAGCCUUAAGAUAACCGCAACCCCGCCCACCAGGUUGUCCAUAGCCACAAUGUUACUCCAUGACACCUGGCUCUCAAAGCACUUUUCGAGGGAAAUCUCACUUGACUCGCCCAACUGGUCCACCGGGGCGUUCAGCUCGCUUUUCGUCAACGUGCUCGAACUAGCCAUUGGGUGGAAAGAAGGCCUCCUAAUCUUAGCCACGCGAUGGACGUAUACCCUGACGCCAGCAAUCGAACUGGCGGUAAAGAAGAAAGACGUUGAAUCUCUUGACAUUCUAUGUAAUAAGUUCAACGCGCCAUUGUUUUCCGAUGACGAUGAAUUUAGGAGCUACAUCUUAUCGCUUCUGUCUUACGAGGAAGCCUGCAUCCUCUUGGUCAAGGCCCUGAAACGGAGACGAGAUGCUUUGGCAGGACUUGCUCGCCGCUAUCUCUCCAGUUAUGACUUAUCUCAACUUGGUAUCAAGGACGGACGGACCCUAGAUGUCACGGCCAGACCCGUUUUCGAUCUUCUCAGCAAGAGGGCUAUUCCUCUAGAUCCUUGGCUGUUUCCAGGCCCAAAAUCUUCUAUUUAUUACACUCUUUCAGCUGUCUGGACUCUUGGCAACAUGAGUGGGUGUUUCGGCAUGACGUUUGCCCUCGAUGAACUCUUUACCUCCAACUUCCGUGAUUUUGACUACCCUAACGAUUCAUCGUCGCCAUACUGGCUAUGGGUAGACGAAGAAGAAAACGUGCGGCUGCGCGAUGAAGACGAGGAGCUCGCCGAGCAGUUAGAGUGGUGGUGGUCCAAGGUCGGACAAAUCCUACCAGAUGAUUCGUCCAAAGUAUGCGAUGAUGGGAUGGCCUUCUUGGAUGUUAUACAGCACCAUUUUCAGGUGAAGAUUGUCGAUCUGCCUGAGCAGUUUAACAGUGGGGACACUGUAGUUGAUUCAUCCCUCCACAACGAGGCGAACACACUCGCCGAUGGUGGGACAGGGCCAGGAACAGAGAGGCCAAGAAACUCUCUUUCCGAGUCCAAGGGCGUGUUUGUCCCCCAGAAACGACCCGACGACAUCAUCCCAGAUUUAACCAUCCCCGAAAGAAGACAAAGGGGUAAUACAUGGGCUGGAGGGCUGAACCUGCAGCAUGCAUCAGCCCUGGUCGACUGCGCCCCCUUUUAG